GCAGAUUUUUUGAAGGGAUUACCAGUGUACAACAAAAGCAACUUCAGCAGAUUCCAUGCGGAUUCCGUGUGCAAAGCAUCGAACAGACGUCCCUCGGUGUACCUGCCAACCAGAGAGUUCCCCUCGGAGCAGAUCAUCGUCACAGAAAAGACAAAUAUCCUCUUGCGUUACCUCCAUCAGCAGUGGGACAAAAAGAACGCAGCAAAGAAGAGAGACCAAGAGCAGGUGGAGAUAGAAGGUGAGAACUCGGCGCCUCCUCGGAAAAUCGCUCGGACAGACAGCCAGGACAUGAACGAGGACACUUAA